GUGCGCGGGGCGGGAGCCGCGGGAGGCAGGGCGCUGUCAAAUCGAAUUAUACUCCUUGAUUUGCAAUUAUGCGUUUAUUUUACGAGAAAACGCUAAUAAAACGAAAUAAUAGCGUCGCCUAAUUAACAUAACUGUUAAUUUACCCGCGACGGUCGCCGCAGUCGCUUGAAAAGUUCAAUGUUUGGUGUUAAAAUAUGUGCCGUGUAUACACUCUGGUUUCUAUUUUUGUUUUGUAGCCCAGUUUAACGUUAAAUAAUGUUUUUUGUGCCGAAAUAAACUUUCGUAAGCAUUUUUUAGCAUUUAUAACAGUUUGAAACAGUUCCGUGCGCUUACCGAAGCGUAAAUAAACGAGAACCUCGAUCAAACUUUCGAUUUUUGCCGUGCCAACUUGAAGUACAAAAUUGUCCUACUUUAGUGCCAAAAAUAGUCAAAAUAAACACAACCCAACUUCAAAAUUAGUGUAAAUGUGAACGUGGCUGUGAGUUUCGCAUUAAGACUUCCAUAGACUAUUUUUUUACUUCAAUCCACACAUUCAAAAUAAAUAAAAAAACCUUAGUGAAAAUAGCGCGAAUACAAGACAAGUUUUGACGUGUAGAUAAAUAUUAAAGUGAACAGAUAUAAAUAUGAUUUGGAGAAUAUGAGGCGGGUGUUCGGGGUUUGCUCGGAGAGCUGGUACCUGUGCGGACAGAAUGGCUCCCCUCACGGCUCCGUGAUGUCCUGCCAGUCGCUGGCGGCGCGAGCGUUCGCGGAGCCAGACAAAUCAGAGGCGCACUGCUCUAGCUUCCACAGGUCGGUGCGAUUCAGUUCGGAGUCUCGGAGCUCGACGCGCACCGCCAACGAUGUGGACUGCAAGAGGGAGACACCGGCGUCGAUAUCGCUAACGGCGUUGUCGCUAACACCGAUGUCUGGCGGGGCCGCCAUGAGUCAAUCGGCGCCCUCCGGCAGCGGUUUUUCCGACGCCGACACGCCACCAUCGCCUGCCUCCUGCCGCUUUCCUAAGCUAGAGGAAUGUGCACAUUUCCACUACGAGCGUGUAUGCCUCGGCGGGCUCAGUAUAGAGCUGGGACCGGCGCAGGAACCCGCUGACUCACCUCAAGGGGAGGGCUGGAUAUCCCUAAAGGUCCGCUCACACGUGUCAUGGCGCGACAAGUCGUCCACGCGGGCGCUGCACUGCUCGUGGUCGGAAGCCAGCGACGUUAGAGAGUGGACGCUGGCCAGGAACGCGGACCACUGCCGGCAACUAGACGAUAUGCUACACAGAUGUAUAUACGACCGGAAAGUCUCGGGCUUGCCUAAUCUAACCGAGAAGAUCAACAGCUCCAUGGACGAGACAGAGUAUAGAAGCCUAAUAGCGGACUAUAUGCACCACCUGUCCAUUAUAGCGGACGACUCCAUCAACUGUGGACCCGUGCUGAACUGGCUGCAGAUGGACAAUAAAGGGCACAAGCUGCUGGUGGCCAACGAGGACUCCAGCUCUAUAAACACGCCCGCCGUCGCCGCGGCAUAUUCAGUACGGAAAUACGUAUCACAGGCAAGGGACGAAAUCAGCUUUGAAGUUGGCGAUAUGAUCUCAAUAAUAGACAUGCCUGGCCCUCAAGAGUCAACAUGGUGGCGCGGAAAGCGCGGGUUCCGGGUCGGCUUCUUCCCGCAUCAUUGCGUUGCUGUCAUCGGCGACAAGGUCCCGAGGCACAUGACGCAGCCUCCUCCUAUAGUCGGAUCCUUAGCAGUAGCCCCAAUAAAGCCAGUCCUUCGGAAACACGGGAAACUGAUCUCCCUGUUUCGGAGUUUCAUACUGUCCCGCCCUUCGAGACGGCGGCUCAAACAACAGGGCAUCCUGAGAGAGCGAGUGUUCGGCUGCGACCUAGGGGAGCAUUUACUCAACUUCGAACAUGACGUGCCUCUAGUCCUCGUGGAAUGCGCUGCAGCCAUCGAGGCCCGCGGCGCCGUGGACGGCAUCUACCGCCUGUCCGGGGGCUCCGGCCUCACGCAGCGCCUGCGCGCGGCCUUCGACGGCGGCGAGGCCCCCGCGCUGCCCCAGGACCCGCACGCCACGGCCUCCUUGCUCAAGAUGUACUUCAGAGAGCUACCUAACCCACUGUGCACGUACCAGCUAUAUGAAAGUUUCGUCUCCGCCGUACAGACAGAAGAAUCCAAGCGGCUGAAAGCUGUCAGAGACGUGGUGGUCAAACUACCACCGCCACAUUACAGAACGCUAGCGUACCUGAUGCGUCACCUCCGCCGCGUGUCGCUACUAGGAGACGUGACCGGCAUGACGGCGCGCAACAUGGCCAUCGUGUGGGCGCCCAACCUGCUCCGCUCUCCCCGCCCGCAGCACGCCCUACAACACGUCUCUGUGCAGGCGGUGGUUACGGAAUUCCUGAUUUGUUACGCGGAGGAACUUUUCGCCGAAGAGCAAGAUUGGGAUUCCGGACCGGAGUCGUUAAAUUCGGAGCAGUUGGAGCAUGUCGAGUUGAGAGGUCACGACUCAUGCCGACGUCCGAAGAGUUUACCGCUCAAUCCGCCUACUAAAUUACUCAGCCUGGAGGAGGCCCGUCGCCGCGAGAAGUGCACGUCGACGGUGUCUCCCCCCCGCCUGCCGCCGCCCUCCGGCGCCAUCGCGGCCGCCGCGCGCGCCGGCCCACAGCUGCGGCCCGCGGGACAUCUGCGGCCCAAGUAUAUCGAGGUCGGAUCGGGGCCAGACAAUCUUCCGCAAUACCACACCGUAUUAGAUCUUCCGCUGUCAGGAGCGAAGCGUGGCCUGAAGCGGUCUCCGUCGGGCUGGCGGACGCUGUUCUCCCGCAGCAAGCUGCAGCGGCACAAGGCGGCUCUGCGCCCGCAGAUCACGGCACCCGCACCCGCACCCGCACCCGCACCCGUAGAGUGUUCGCAGGACAUACCGAUGUACCCAGCAGGCUUGAGGCCGGUGAAGUCGUGCGAGUCGCUCGCCUCCGACGGCGACACGGUGGCGCCUCUAGCGGAGAGGGCCAUGAAACCUCUCAAACAUCACACCAGAUCGUCAUCAUGCGACUCUUAUUUCGAGCCGUGGCAAGCGGAACUGGCUGACAUGAGGCUCCGACUGUCCCCGCAGGAGAGAGACAGACACAUGUUCAGUGAAGAGGAUGAUACGCACUGUGUGCCGGCACAGGACGAUUCCCUAUGCUCGACGCCGGCCGAGUCGGGCCCCGGCAGCGUGGACCCGAGCCCUCGACGGAACCUUAGGGUCGAUAUAGAGGCCGCCAACGAACUUGCAGAGAGGAAACGCAGCGCCCUGGAGGAGCAGCUGGCCGGCAUCGGGUACAUCGACGGCGACUCCCCGCGCGCCAAGCCCGCGGAGAAGCGGCACUCCGCCCGCCACGACAACCUCGCCAAGCGCCUGUGCAAAGACCGCGAUAGCCCCACCGCCAGCUCGGACUUCCAGAACUCGACCAGCGGUGUCAAAAUGAGAGAACGAACCUCGCCCAAAAAGUGCAAGUCAGCCCGCUACAGCAACCUCCACCAACACGAUGACGUCACCGUCUCAAGGCUCAGCUGGCACGGGAAAGACAACCAUUCCACUCUCAUCAAAAUAGACUGGCCUGUAGAAAACUCUAUAAGCAACCUCACUAGUUCAACGCUAAAUACUCCCAUAACUCCCGCUACCCCAGUUUAUGAUCCCUUAGAGAGCGAUUCCGAAGUAAGUGAGCAUAAUAAACAGACAAUCAAAAUUAACAAUUGUGACAAUUGCGAUGAAGAGAAAUGCUUAAAAUGCGAGUUGAAGGCGGCGGAUUAUGAAAAUAUUAAAGUUGAAGAUUACACAGAUACUUUAAAAGAUAGCUUGGAUGCUAGUCCGGCUAAUUCUACUAAUAUUAGCUAUCAUAAUCUCAACAGGCUCUCUGCGGUAUCUUCAUCUACAUCAGAAGGCACAGGUAAAAAAGAAGUGUCAUAUGAAAACUGCGAUAUGAAAGUCAUGACUUCUUCCCACGAAAGCUCUUCUAGUUACAGUAAUAUUAGCCCUAAACCUGAUGAACUUUACGAAUGCUACAGCUUCAGCCGCCCGAACUAUAUAAAUCUACAGUCUUCCAGCUCUAAAAGCUCUCCUGGCAGCCCUUUGAAAAGCCCUUUAAAAAGCACUAUAAGUAUCACCUUUAGAUCGCCUACUAAAAAAUCUCCAGACUAUGAAGGUAUAGAUAAUGACACUCCGACUAAUGAGAGGGACUCAGUCUAUGAAGAUAUAGAUUUAGAGAAGAAUUUGUCUAUUGUUGAGGAAGCGAGCAUACCGGAAGCGGAUGCAAGUCUACCAACGCAACAAGCGUGCCAACCUCAUAGUUUCACUGAAGAUCUAAUCAUUCUGGAAACUCCUACAGACUCUGAUGUGGAUAACACAGAUGUAUACAGCCAAGUUAAAUUCUUCAAGAAAAGUAUAGAAGAAGUCAACGCUAUGAUACUAGAGUCACCACCGAAGGAAUCGCACUAUGAAAACAUUUCUUUUGAAGGUAGACAAUAUGAGAAUGUCGAUAUAAAGUCUACGCAAGAAAAUGGAAACAUUAUUAAACCAAAAGAAACUCUAAAUGUAAGGGAAUUGGCGAACAGAUUCGAAAGUCCAACAGAACAGAAGGGACCGUUCUUCGAAAAGUUUAAGACUGAAGUCAAAUAUCCUGACAAAGAAGAAUCCCAACCACCACCUUCCCCUAAAUGCUACAAAUUAUCAAAAAAUUCCUCUAACGCUAGGUCUUUAGACGAAAACGCUUUUAUAAAAGAGUUCGCUCCAGAAAAGAAUUACGGCGACCGGAGAAAAAGUCUAGAAGUGAAAGACGUGAAAAAACAAAACAAAUUCCUGCCAGAUUUAAAUCUAAAUUUAAAUAUGGAGGAAGACAAACAAGCAACUACGCCUACCACUGAGAAUAAAAUAUCUUUAAUACAAAGAUUCGAUGCUAAAAAAGACAUUAAAAACCUAAUAGGUUUCGACACAGAAAAGAAACUAAGUAGGGAAAGAAUAGAGAAGUAUAAAGAGGAACGUAGAAAUUUCCUAAGAGAGAAAUACAGUUCUCAAUCUUUUAGAAGUAACCCGGAGCAGCUUACUAGAGUUAAAGUGAAGAAAGAGGAAGUGAGUCCAAAGUUUGAGAGGAGGAACACGGUAGACUUGGGACAGAGGAUGAGGUUUUCACUCGCUAGAAGUAGUCAGCAGUUGGACACCAUCCCCUCCCCCACUAGCCCUGAGAGGGGGGAGAGCAGCGCUGGACGCCAUUUUGAAAGGAAAGAGAAGAUGUCCCCGUCGUACAACAUUAGAGACAUGGCCGCCAUCUUUGAGCAGAAGACGCAGAACAGCGGCUGAACGACAACGUGUCGUCGUGUCGGCGACGUGUCGUGACUUGGUAAUACCGACGUGGACCUGUCAGAGCUGUGCUGUUAAAAUAUUUGUGUCACUCCACGACAAAAGGUACCUUAUGACAGUCGGCGCUUACGCCAUUAUUAGCGGCGACCAAAUACUAAUGCGGUACUACGUCCCUUUCGUCGUGGAACGUCACAUUUUUUGAGUUAAAACUAACUGACAAAAAAUGUUGAUGACGGUAUAAUUUAACUGCGGAUAAGCGCUACGCUAUAUUUUCGCUCCAUAUGGGAAUAGGGAAUAUUACGAAAAACUCUGCGUAGAGGGCGCCACUAGCACAAACUGGAAAUAAACCACCUUGACGCAUCAAUGUCAAAUUUAUUCGUUACAAAUAAUCUGUGAAACAAAAAACUAUUUAAGGCAUAGUGUAUAUAAGUUACUCUAUGGUUUACGGAUUACGGUUUGUGCCAGUGCUGCCUCUGGCGGCAGAACAUUGCAGUAUACACCCUAAGAAACUGUUUCAUCAAAAUUACAAAAUCUCUUAUAGGUCGAUGAAAUUAAGUUUAUGAAUCUCAUUAAAAAAAUCUCUAGUGUACAUUUUGACAGGGUCCCUAAAGUCGGUCUGACAUUUUACCAGUACCCCUAGUAUAAAUUUCAUUCGUUAGCGUUAUUUUUGUAUGGGAUUUUGAACAGCGCGCCAAGCGGGACUUUUUGGAAACUCAAAAUCCCAUACAAAAUAACGCAAACGCCGUACGUCACGUCACGAUAUAUAGUAUGAAUUUUCGCAAAUGAUUUUUACGCCUAAUCUGUUAAACAAAAGCCUUUGUUUCUUUUGUUCAGCGGCUACCAAUGCUACCGCUACUGACUGAACGGGAACAAACUCGUUUAAAAAGAAAUUUUAUCGUCCUAUUUAUAUGGUUCAAAUUUAUGUAGCAGCUCUGUAUUCUGAAGGCCACAGGCAACCGAUCGUCCUUCAUUACCCAAACUCGUUAUCUCAGAAUGAGCUGUUACAUUUUGAACCUUAAUACUAUCACGAUAGUUGCUUCUUAACGACAUGGUUGCUUUGGCACGCGCUCGGCACGCGACUAAGGCGCCUCUACAUAAAAGAAACAGGCUUUUGUUUAACGGAUUAGGGUCUGAGGCCUAAAAAUAAUUUGUGAACAUUCAUACUAUAAUGAAUUAAUGAAAUUUACACUAUGGCACAGUGCGUCACGCAAUUAUUGUUAUUAUGUACUGCUACCUGUGAAUAUAACUAAUACUCUACUCAUUGUAAAUACGUUUGUAUGUAUUAUUUUAAAGUUCUCGCUAGAUUGGUUAUUCAAAGUAUAAUUACACGGUGGCUAAAAAAUAAGUGCAUUCCCGUUGGCAGGGAGGUUUUGGGAUUAUACUGAGCAACUUUUACUAUGGGACCAACCACGAAAUCGCGAAAAAAAAUUGUCUGUUUCAUACAUUUUGGCUGGUCCGUUUUCUAUGGGAGGGUCAUUUUUUUUCGCGAUUUCGCGGUUGGUCCCAUAGAGUAAAAGUUGCUCAGUAUAAUCCCAAUACCUCCCUGACAACGGGAAUGCACUUAUUUUUUAGCCACCCUGUAUAAUAUAAUGUGGCAAUAUAGUUCAUCCGCUGAGUAUGGAAUUUCGGUCAUUGACCCUUUGCAGAGACAAGUAAUAUUUAAAGACUGGUAAUCUCCGAUAAGCGGUGGUGGCCGAAUGGAUCUGACGUCCGACUAUCAAUCCGUAGGUUGCGGGUUCAAAUCCUGGCUCGUACCAAUGAGUUUUUCCGAACUAAUGUACGGAAUAUCAUUUUAUAUUUACCACUAGCUUUGCGGUGAAGGGAAACGUAAGGAAACAUCCGCGAAGAAAUUCAAAGGUAUAUGUGAAGUCCCCAACCCGUAUUGGGCUAGCGUGGGGACUAUAACCCAAUCCAUCUCGUGCAUGAGAGGAGGCCUGUGCCCAGCAGUGGGACGUAUAGUUGGUCAAACCAAAUUGGCAAUAAAUAAGAACCAAUAAAACUAUACUCAUCCUUUUUUUUGGGUGCUAGUACUAGCGUAAGACGAAAAUAGUAUGAUUAUCUCUGCCUAUGUUUGAAAUGAGACAGUCCUUUGACAAACUAUAUAUAGGCUGAAAUAUAAAUCUCCGAUAGCACAUUUAUCAUUGACGGCAUGAUGUUAAGCUAAGUCACAAACAUUCGUGGAAUUAAUCAUAAUUUUAUGCCUAUCCGUCAUUUUGACAUUUCUGUUUGAGUGAAAGAGACAAAAUGUACGAGGUUGCAUAAUUUUACGGAUAAAGGGGGUUAAACGCCUUAAUAGUGGUAGGUUUUGCGUUUGACGGUGUGCGAUUGUCUUCUUGACUAGGCCCCCAGGCAAUCAUAUGAAAACAAAUGAAGAACGCGAAAUAGCGAUUUACAGUCUUCAUUUUACUUGUCUCUUAAGUCAACGUAUUAAUUUUUCCGUACUUGGUAGUCGGCCUCUAAAAUGUAUAAUGUGGCAUCACUUAGCUUGGUCCAUUCUGAAUAAAAUAUGCAUACUGUCCUUCUCUUACUUAAAGAGUUCGAUAGAGACAGCAAUAUGUUUGUGAGUGCAAACUGUUGUGAGACUAGUAGCAAUGCACUGACCGAUUUAAAUAAAUAUUAAAAUUUGUACCUUAAACUCAUUGAUAUAAAAUUAAAAUUUCAAAAGCAGUUUUAAAAUUAGUAUUUGAGCGUUUCUUUUUUUUGCCAUUUUUUUAUGUGACCUUUUUUGCCACUUUUGUGUUAUUUCUAGUCAGGAUCACGAGCUCUUUCGAUCCUAAUGGGAUAAAAUGUCCCAAGGUUUUUUUCCUAUUGGGUUACUCGUACCAUCUCCCCAUAUACUUUGUAUGGCGGUAACAGAAAGGAAAGUUUGAAAAAUGUAUGGAAAUUUUGGGACGCUUUUUUUUCUCCUAUAAGGAUGAAAAGGGCUCGUGAUCCUGACUAGAAAUAACACGAAAGUGGCAAAAAAGGUCACAUAAUAAAACCGGCCAAGUGGGACUCACACACGAAGGGUUCCGUACCAUUAACUAUAAAAACGGUCACCCAUCCAAGUACUGACCCCGCCCGACUUUGCUUAACUUCGGUCAAAAAUCACGUUUGUUGUAUGCGAGCCCCACUUAAAUCUCUAUUUUAUUCUGUUUUUAGUAUUUGUUGUUAUAGCGGCAACCGAAAUACAUCAUCUGUGAAAAUUUCAGCUGUCUAGCUAUCACAGGUCACGAGAUACAGCCUGGUGACAGACAGACAGAUGGACAGCGGAGUCUUAGUAAUAGGGACCCGUUUUUACCCUUUGGGUACGGAACCCUAAAAAAUGGCAAAAAAAGAAACGCUCAAAACGGUUUAUUGUUUUUUGUGAAAAGUUUUUGUUUUAAAAAAUCCACUUGUUAGACUUUGAAAUAAUGUAUCCAAAUAUUAUUUUGUAAAAAGUUUGUUUUUUUGUAUUAGUUUAAAGAAAAAUCAGGGUUUUGAGUUUUCAUAUGCUGUCAAUCGCCACAGAUAUAUCUGAGCGGCCUAGGGGCUCAAAAAUAUCUGAACAAUAAGAGUAACUAAUAAUAAUUUCUUGAUGUAGUACAAAGUAUUGAGUCCGAAAUUAUGAUAGCUAAAAUAGAUGGCGCUGUCUAUUUUUAGCUGUAAAAAUUGCUAUGUUAAUCUUGUACAAAAUGUGACGUUAUCAAUCAAAAAGGUACCACAUUGUCGCUUACCAUAAGGACGAAAAUUGCUUGUAUCUUUAUACGAAAAACCUGUAAGAACGGCCUUAGGGCAAACGACAAUGUGGUACCUUGAAAACGACGACAAAUCAUGAGGUAUUUUCUUUAAACUAAUUCAAUUAAAAUCUUAGGUUAAUUGUUAUGUUGAAUUUAUUUAUUACUCUAUAUUAUUAAAACGACUGCAUUUAAACGUUUCAUUAAAUGCACGAGCAUCACAACUUGAGUAUUAUUAAUUAUUAUUAUUUUAUUAAUAAUGUGAAUACGCGCCUGUCCGUGAAUUGCUCGCACUUGACCAUAAUAUAAGGUAUCCCUUUUCGACCGAGCGAAGCGAGGUCUCAGGGCUAACUCUCACUUUCAUGUUUACUUUCUCAACAUUUGUAACAAAAUAUGUUUGUUGUUUCAUUUGUUUUUUUUUAAAUACUGAAAUUGUAUCCGAGUUUGCGAGCGGAUCGCGGUAGCGCAGUGGUUUCGUUGCCAUAUUAAACAUCAUAGCGGGUGCUUUUAAAGGUAAAAUAUGUAUGGGUACAUACAACCAUUUUAAAUUCUAAAGGCAUAGAACAGAAACAAAGUAGGUAGGUACAUCUUACCCGGUAACAAUUUUUGAAGUAAAACUUCUUUAGGCGCGACUAGAGGGUAACUCAGAUUUUUUUCUGACGUAAGUAACGCUCAGUAAUGACACACGCACAAUAGUACACACGUCAAAGUGCCAACAUAGCGAUAAACGUCAUCAUCAAAGAAGUUUUACUUCAAUCGCGCGUAAAGAUUACACACACACACUUUUUUUUUUCAUUAUUAUUGUUAAUAUCUUACUUUUGGGUGGCUUUUACAAAAUUUAACAAUUUCAACAGUAUUUAUCAAAUUUAGAAUUCUGAUAACCUCCAUAGACAUCUGACAAGCGCCAUCUAGUGAGCUCUCUGAGAAAGUUAAAAGUAGAUUGCGCCAUUAAAUAAUGGGGUUGACAACUAUCAAAGGUUUGCAUAGAUGGCGCCAUUAUCAGGUAAAUCUCACUCCAGAUUUUAUUCCUAUUCACCCCCUUUAUGCCUAUUAACCCCGGUUGACGGUGGUUAAUGUUUUUAAUUUAUUUUAUUGCUAGUGACAGCGGUUAGACAAGUCCCAUUUUAAGUUAUAUAGUUAAAAAAUAUAAUUAGUAAAUAGCGCCAUCUAUAACAACGAAUACAUGAAUAUAGACCGUUGAUAAUUAUUUUUCCCUAUCUGUCAUUUCGAUAUUUCUGUCUGUUAGAAAGAGAAAAAACAGAGGUUGCUAAGUUUUAUGAAUAUGGGGGUUAUACUAUACCUACCUACCUAAAACUACUAAUAAUGAUAGUAAUUUACACCCCUUACAUUAAAGUGUCAAAAGGGACUCUACGUGUUGGCUUCGGCUCCGCGCACGCCUCGCCCAAGUCCGCAACACCAUUGUUCCGUGAUGGAAAAGACAGUUACCUACUAUUAAUCUAUUUGGAGCAGCCUGUAUAGUAACAAGUUAUACAAUUUUUGUAUUUAUACAGUUAAAGGCAUUGGACCCAUAUUUGUGUCUUUCUCCAGUAAAAGGUACCACAUUGUCACUUACCAUAAGGGUGAAAUUUGCUUGCAUCUCUAUGAAUAACCUGUCAGAGCGUCCUUGUGGUAAGCGACAAAGUACCUUUUACUCGAGAACGACACAUUUACCUUUAAAAGUACGUACUGAAUGCAUUUAUCAUUUUUGUAAGCAGUAUUUAAAACUGUUAGGUGUUAGCGUAAGGGCGUUGCAGGAAUGAUAAUUAGCAAAUCAAGAUGGCGUCACUCACACGCCAACAUCGUGUCCGCAAGUGAGCCAAUGUGAAUCUUAUUUGAAUGCACUAAGGUUUAAUUGACAGUGUACACCAUAACACGCAUCUCAGGUAGCAUUUAUACGUCAUUAUAACGUCAGCGACGUCAUAAUUACGUCAUUAUUAUAAAACUAUUUCCCAGGUAGCAAAGCGACGUCAUAAUGACGUCAUUUAUACGUUAUAAUGACGUAACGGACGUCAUAAUGACGAAAUUAAUUUUGUAUCAAGCAGAUACCUCUGCGAACGAUGCUUAAUAAGCAUAAAAAUAAAUAAAAAGUGUAAAAAUUCACUGUCUUGGGUGGGACUUGAACCCACGACCACUAGAUCACUAGUACAGUGUUCUACCAUCAUAAUGAUGUAUAAAUGCUACCUGGGCUAUGAAUGUGUUUAUAUGUGGCGUUCUCAAUCAAAAGGUACCAAUUUGUCACUUACCAUAAAGACGAAAUUUGCUUGUAUCUUUAUACAAAUAACCUGUCAGAGCAUCCUUAUGACAAGCGACAAUGUGGUACCUUUUGAUUGAGAACGUCACAUAUACAGGCUGAUUCAAGAAAGCCAGUGUUUGUUAAAUUGUGUCAGAAAUUAACUACAAGUAUGGUGAAUUUGUUUUUGUUCAUGUUAUUUUUAAACGUAAUUUGCCAAUUAUCAUUCAUGUAAUGAAAGCUUAUCUGUAUAUAAUAACAUCAAAAUUGCACAUUUUGUAACAAAAUCAAGAAAAAUCACACGAAAAACACAUAAAUAUGGACAAUAAAUCAAAUAUCGCAUUUUUUUCAAAUCCUUCUACCUAAUAUAAUAAACUUUUUGAUAACU